AUGCUGCGCAGCAGUCUGUUCGCACUCGCGCUGGCCUGCAUCAUCUCCUUCCACGUCCAAGCGGCCACUUGGGUGGUGGAUGAAGGCGGGAAGGGCAACUUCACCUCCCUCAGCGGAGUCACGUCGGCCAAGGUCAAGCCCGGAGAUAUCCUACGCAUGCGCGGCACGUUCACCAAGGCCCAGGUCCUACAGAGUAUCAACGGAACGAAGGCGCAGCCAAUCACGAUCACUAGCUACCCCGGCACCACUGCUGUCAUCGAUGGCGCCACGGUGCCGCUGAGCGGCGGCCAAGGUCUGCUCAAGCUCAGUGCCAGCAACCACAUCGUGGUGGAGAACCUGCUCGUGCGCAACUCGAACAAGUCCGGGAUCGUGUUCGACUACAGCAACAACGUGCUCGUACGGAACACGGUGGUGCACAACACCUGGGUCAGAGCCAUCGGCGGCUGCGGCGCAGAUGUGGUGAUCCACAACAACACGGUUUACAAUGCUGUGAUGCAGAAUUACAACGCCUCGUCCACCACCGGCUGGGGCCAGGCCAUGUCUGUGGACAACUGCUUCAUGCCCGACGACUCGACGAGCCGCAACUGGACCUUCCAGCACAACACCGUCUACAACAGCUGGGGCGAGGGCAUCGACUGCAUUCAGGUGAUUGGGUGCACAGUGCGACAGAACGUUGUCUACAACACCUUUUCGGUGAACAUAUACAUCGACAAUGCGCGCGAUGUGCUGGUGGACAGCAACUGGGUGUAUUCGUCCAACUCCUUCUACUACCGGCGCGGUAAGCCCGCCACGGGCGUGCUCGUGGGGGCCGAGGAAUGGCCGGUGGUGCCGCGUCCGACGUCCAACGUGACCAUCCAAAACAAUCUCCUCAUCAACACCGACGGCAUCGCCCAGUAUCAGGAGGGAACGACAUAUCUCUCAAAUGCAAUGAACCAGAACACGGUGUCUGGCGUGCGGAUCUUCUACAACACCAUUUGGAAUCCCAGCACCAAGCCCACCGUGUCCUCGGGAAACGUUCUCAAGAACAACAUCUUUUGGGUCAAGCGUAGCGCGUGGCAGAUCUCCAACAAUGUCUGGGUCGGAGUACCCAGAGCCAUCGGCGGCUGCGGCGCAGAUGUGGUGAUCCACAACAACACGGUUUACAAUGCUGUGAUGCAGAAUUACAACGCCUCGUCCACCACCGGCUGGGGCCAGGCCAUGUCGUACGCGCACUCGCCCCUCAUGUUCAACAUUUUCAGUCGAUCCAAGUACCAUUUGGAAUCCCAGCACCAAGCGCCGUUCUACUGGCCCGCGCAGCCCACCGUGUCCUCGGGAAACGUUCUCAAGAACAACAUCUUUUGGGUCAAGCGUAGCGCGUGGCAGAUCUCCAACAAUGUCUGGGUCGGAGUACCCAGCGUGCCGACCGCCUGUGCUGACACGACGGGGCUGUCGUCGAAGGCCGUCGCCAACUCCUCCGCAAUCCGGUUCGUGGGCGGUGGCGCCGGCACCGCGCCUGCUAACUACGUCCUGAAAUCCACGUCGCCUGCUCGCGCGGCCGGCGCUGUGAUCCCUGGCAUCAGCAUCGACUACUAUGGCCUGCUGCGCAGCACUUCGGCACCGAGCGUGGGCUUUGCGGAGUACCGCGCGUCAACGCCAGCGGCACAGACAUCCGAUGCCUCGCAGGCUGCGAGGCCAGCUGCAGCCCUGGCGGUCCUCGCGAAGAGGCUCGGGUGGUGA